UUAUCAUCUGGGAAGACGCAAGUCAGAGCUGUGGUCGGGCAUGGGAGGUCGGCCAGUCGCUCGCUCGCAAGCAACAGGCAGCCACGAUGGAGGAAACCAGGGUAGCGGUGGUGACGGGAGCCAACAAGGGCAUCGGUCUCGCCAUCGUCAAGGACCUGUGCUCUCAGUUCGAGGGCUGCGUGUACCUGACUGCCCGCGACGAAGAGAAGGGCCUGGAGACCGUGGCGGCGCUGGAGGAGGAAGGUCUUUCGGUUCGCUUCCAUCAGCUGGACAUCGACGACGAAGAGAGCAUCGCCGCCUUCAAGACGCACCUCGAAGAAACCUACGGAGGCCUGGACGUCCUUGUCAAUAACGCUGCCAUUGCCUAUAAGGGAUCCGCGACGGAGCCGUUCGGAGAGCAGGCCGAGAACACCAUCCGCGUCAACUUCUUCGGCACGCUCGCCGUCUGCCGCAGCCUCUUCCCGCUGCUGCGACCCCACGCCAGGGUGGUCACGCUGUCCAGCAUCGUGGGCUUCCUCCCGGAUGUGAACGGAGACGAGCCGCAGGCGUUCAGCCUCAGGGAGAAGCUGUCCUCGGAGGAACUCACCGAGGACGAGCUGAGCGAUUUCAUGAAUCAAUUCGUCGAGAGGGCCAAGGACGGGACCUGGAGGGAGGCAGGGUGGCAAAGCUGCCCGUACUCGGUCAGUAAAGUGGGAGUGACGGCCCUAACCCGCGUCCAGCAGCGGGCCUUCGAUGAUGACCCUCGUGAAGACCUCAUCGUCAACUGCUGCAACCCGGGGGCCGUUAGGACCGACAUGACAUCGCAAAGGGUUUGUGAUCCGGUGGUGUUUUCACCACCGAACAAGGAGCCGAAGGCCCCGUCUACUUGGCACUUCUCCCUCACGACGUCGAGGAGCCAAAGGGUGAAUUCGUAUGGCAUAAUAAGCAGGUCGUGGACUGGGUCAAAGGUCCCCUACCAGGUCCUCACUGAAUGUGAAAAAGGUCAAAUAGAUACCGCUUUUAGUGCUGAACUAUGUGGACGGCCAUUUGUCUGUGGAAUAACGACUGAAACACAUGGUUCCUUAAAUGGUCAAAAAAUAAAAAUUUCUGAAAAUGGAGCAAAAAUGUUUGCUCCAAUGCUUUCUCUUUAUGUAGUAUGCAUUCAUAACUUGUUUUAGGAAGACUAAACCAUUUAUUAUUGGAUAGCAAAUCAUGUCAUCCAAAACGAAACAACUUUCUUUUAAUAAAUGCAGUUGCAAAUAUGAGUGAGAGAAAUAAUGAGAUAGAGAGAUAGAGAGAUAGACAGACAGACAGACAGACAGACAGAAUACCACAGUAAAUUUACACAAGUCUGCGCUUGAAAAUGUUCUUGACAAUAAGAAUCGUUUUCUGUUAAUUUCAAAGAAAAUUCAUUAAGAAAAUUUUCCGGGUAAACGGUAAAAUAUGGUCCGUACUAGUGUCCCGAUUUUAGUAGGUCUAUAAAUGGUCAAGAUAUUUGUCAUUUAAGGUUCUACCUAUUACUAGUUGCGUUUAUGUGUAAUCUCAUGCUGUUCUCUUUAGUAUUUACAGGUAUGUAAUUUACGAUACCUUUCCUUAUAUUUUGAAUUUAUAAGCAUCUUUAAUGAAAUCAUAUGAAAAACUGCCUGUGCUUACACAUUUGAGAAAAUUGUCAUAUUAUUGGGUUUUCAUAUAUCACAUGGCAAAAUUUAACAUAUGACUUUUGAAGGUGUUUAUUUGCACAUACACACACGCCAAUUAAAUGGUUUUCCAAGUUUUUAAAUUGAUGUGUAAAUUUCAUGACCUUUCUCAAAAAAAUAUUCAUCUUGAAAAUAUAUAGGCGGCUCUUCAUUUCUUUAUGAAUAUGAUUCCAUUAGGUACUAAAUUUGUCAACGUUCACAAGAUCAUGCUUAAUAUGACCUAUGUAUUGACCUUUUUUCUUAUCUUACAAUAAAUUAUUCAGUGCAGAUAUUCUAACUCUCCAAAUUGUAGUUCUUUUUUUUUACUUAUUCAACAUUAUUCCUUUUACCUCACAGGAUCUAUGUUGAGUAUUCAAACCAGACAAUAAAAGUUUCCAAAACAUGAA